AGUGUUGUAAAACGUCAUCGCCUAGAUCAAUUCCACAUCCGGAUAUUUGCACGAAAGCUCAAUUACAUGUUAAAAGCUAACGGUUUUACCAACCGGUUUAACUAGUGGUUACAAAUCAGCUUAGAUAUUGCAUUACAUUUGACCGCAAAACACAGUACUAUAUAAAAUUAGCCUCAGCUUGACUUAAGUUGAAACUACUUUGCCUUUCUAAUCUCAAAUUUGUAACCUGGGGGUUAUCUUAUAAGAAAUGUACAAUCCGAAGAGCAAAGACCUUGUACGGGAGUAUUUUCCAAGUUUUCAUACCACCAGGUUCCAGGAUCAACCGGAUCCGCAUAUUGCCGUGCAAGAGCACUUUAUACGAGUGACCAAACAGCAUGAAAGAGAUUUGACCCAGAAAGACGGUAUAAAUGUGGACCACUUGCGAUAUGGAGAAGGUCGCCAGUUGGUAGAUAUCUUCUACAACAAAAACACCAGCAGUCAUGCACCACUUUUUGUGUUCGUGCACGGUGGCUACUGGCAGAUGAUGGAUAUCAGCACAUCCUGUUCCCUCGUGGGUCCUCUAGUGCGGCAUGGAUACCGAGUAGCUGUUAUGGACUACAAUCUGUGCCCGGCAGUCACUCUCGAAAAGCUGAUUCAGGAGUUCACUGAGUUCCUCAACUGGAUCUUUGACUACGCUGAACUGACCAAUGUUAUGGAGAUCCACUUCGCAGGACACUCGGCCGGCGCCCACAUGCUGGCCCAUGUACUAAAGGGCAUUCAAGCAGUAAGCCCUCAAAGAAGCAAGAAAGUAGAGGCUUUGAUCUUCUUGUGCGGGGUUUAUGAUCUAAGGGAACUGUACAAUCUAGAGUCGGUUAAUCCGAACAAUAUUUUGGGACUUAACGAGCGGAACGUGCAGUCCGUUUCUCCAAUGCUGUGGGAAUACAACGAUGUGGCGAUUUGGAGCUCCACCAAGAUGUACGUGGUGGCCGCCGAAAAUGACAGUCCCACCUUUAUCGAGCAGAGUCGUCGCUAUGCCGAGCUGUUGAAUAAAAAUGGUUUCAAAGCUACCUUUAAGAUCUUUCCAAAGUAUGACCACUUCGACAUUAUCGAAGAGACGGCCAUCGACGAAUCGGAAAUUUCCCGGUUCCUGCGAAAUAUCCGCUCGGAAUAACAAAAAAAAAAGCAAAAUCUUCAGUUAUCAUUUCUCACCGUUCUGUUUAAUUUGUACAACUAACUUAGACUAGUAGUAUUCCAUAUGUACAUUAGCGUAUUUUGUGGUUUGUACACAACGGUACGGACUUUGCAAUAAAUUAGCUUUUCGGUA